AUGCGGGACCCGCAUGUUCGUGGCCCAAUCGGUUGCAUCCUCUUUCCGGUUGCUGCAGGAGCUCCCCGGCGUCGAUGCGUGCUCCGGUCGCUGCGGGAGGUCUAUCUGAUCGGUCAACCACUCCCGCAACCCAAUCGGCUCCUUCCUCCACUGCCCAAUCCCCGCCUACUCCCGCGCACCGACACCGAGCACCGCGCCCCCGACCUCUGUCCUCCCCUUCGUGCCCCUUCCUCCUGCUCCUCCCGCACGUCAUCGUGGCGGCGGAUCCUGCCGGAGGCUGCACGGCUUCCAGUGCUCGUGAAGGGCGGGAUUUUGGGGGCGGUGCAGACGCCGCCCAAGAGCUCGUCCUCACGGAGGGAUGCGGUCAAGAAACAAUGGCUUGUCCUCGCGGAGAACGCCAUACGCCACGAGCUCAUCCUCACGGAGGACGCUGUAUGCCACGAGCUCCUCCUCGCGGAGAACAGGUCGACUCCGGCGGCCAUUGGCACAGCCGGCGGUCUACUGGCUAAGAGGUUCGGUCUCCCUAUCUCCGUCGAUAGAAUCGGCACCUCCGCGUCAGGCUGGACGAGUUUGUGUGUGGUGUCAUCCUCGCAACGCCGGCAACCUGCUACUGUCGCCCAUGUUAAUGUUCCUUGGCAGUGGACGGUUCGGAAUGGUGAUGGCUUGAGCAACAAUAGAGCGUUUCUUUGUCCUAGAUUUGUUACUACCGAGAAUGAAAUUGGAAAAGAGAUGCUAUUGCUGUUGUCCCUGUCUAAUAGAUGACACGAUGUACAUGGUGGUUUGGGCUGGAGCAUUGGAGCUCUGAUGCUUGCGCCGCUGCGCCCCAAAGUCGUGCAAAUGGCUUCUACUGCACUCUGAUAUAUGAGGUGCAAAAUGCGAUGGGAGCAUAGUAGUACAAGCUGGAAGGUUACCAUGCCUAAUUUGUGGGUGGG